GAACCACUGAAUGCCCACAGCUUCAUCAUCAGAGUUCAAGUGAAGACCACUGUGGAGGACCACCACCAGACAAUCUCUGAGCUCCGCUGUCACACAGCGAUGACAUGGAGGAACCUUUGAGGCGCAACGAAAAAAGUGAAGACGUCCAGCAGCUUAUAGGUCGUCAGGGAGAAUCUCUCCUUCAGCCACAGUUGGGGAGGUGCAGCUUGGAGUCGGAGGAUCCACAGCCCCCCCAUGUUAACGAGGAAGCGGGAGAUACAAAGCCUCACCACAUUAAGAGGGAAGAGGAGGAUCCAGAGUACGCCUAUGUUAAAGAGGAAGAGGAAGAAUUGGAUGUCAGCAAGUUGCCACUGACUGGUGUCUCUAUCAAAAAGGAGGAUGAUGGAGACAAAUCACCCAAGUGGUCACAGCUUCAUCAUCAGAGUUCAAGUGGAGACCACUGUGGAGGACCACCACCAGAUGACCUCUUAGCUCCACUGUCAGACAGUGAUGACAUGGAAGAACAUUUGAGCAACAGCCAAGACUGUGAAGGUGACGAGAAACAGUUGAAAUGCUCUGAAAAGGAGACGAACAAAACUUGUCAAACAAACGGGAGACAUCGCAUGCGUAAUGAAAAUUUCAGCUGCUCAAUUUGUGGUAAAAUGUUUACUCGAAAGCCAAACAUGGUAGCACACAUGAGAAUACAUACAGGAGAAAAACCCUUUAGUUGCUCAGUUUGCAGUAAAGCAUUCACUCUAAAAGACGGCAUGGUAAAGCACAUGAGAACACACACAAGAGAAAAACCUUUUGUUUGCUUGUUGUGUGCUAAAAAAUUCCAUCAAAGGGGCUAUCUGGAAUCACAUAUGAAAACACACAACCUAGAAAAACCCUUUAGUUGUUCAACUUGUGGUAAAACAUAUCACCAUAAGAUAAGCAUGGAAUCACACAUGAGAACACACACAGGAGAAAAACCUUUUGUUUGCUCAUUGUGUAAUAAAACAUUUAAUCAAAGGGGACAUCUGGGAUCUCACAUGAAAACACACAUUGGAGAAAAACCCUUUCGGUGCUCAGUUUGCGGUUCAGGAUUCUCUCGAAAGGAAUCUGUGAAAUCUCACAUGAUAAUACACACAGGAGAAAAACCCUUUAGUUGCUCAUUAUGCGCCAAAACAUUCUUUUUUAAGCAAAACUGGAGGGCACACAUGAAAAAACACACAGACGAAAAACCUUUUGGUUGCGUAUUUUGUAAUAAAACUUUCUAUCAAAGGGGACAUCUGGAAUCACACGUGAGAACACACACAGGAGAAAAACCCUUCAGUUGUUCAGUUUGUGAUGGAAGCUAUGCUCAUCGGAGCAGCUUGGCUGCACACAUGCGGACACACGAUGAAGGGAGACAUAAUGCUUUACAGUAGUCCCGUACCAUACCUCCAUAUCAGAAUUAGACCACGUAUUAUUAUUAUUAUUGAAUUGAUAUUUUCUGAAGAGCUGUAACUUCCACGGAUUGUUGUCUAGUUUUGUGUCAAUCUUUUUUUUUUGUGGCCCCGUGACAUGUACUAAAAAUGACAUUUAACACAGCGCGCAACCCUAGUAUUCCCGGCCUGGAUAUUGUGAUAUGGAUAUGUGCAGCAUGUGUGCUUGUUUUCUGCAUCUGCUAUGCAUCCAAAAGAGACAAGAAGAUUCCCUCUGUGCACCGUCUCAACAUGCAUGUUUGUUUAAAGUGACAUGAACAGAAUACAUUUUGUCAGUCAUCCAGUGUCAUUGUCUCCGUGGGAGCAGAGGCAGGGCCGCGAGCAUAUACACGCAAGGAGAUGUAAUAGAAUUGAUUAGGAAAAAAGAGGUGAUUGCAAAGCCAAAUGACACAGACCCGAUGUGGGAAUAUUUCAGCUUCAAACCGAAGGUGAGACCAUUAACGAAGUCCCCCCCCCCCCCCCCCAUCUCGAGAGUAAACCUUCCCUCACUCAUGAGGUGUUUUGUUCGGCAAAUUAAAUACAAACAACACACUGCAAAAUGGUGAGCGCCCACGGACAUUACAAAAGAAAUACUGCCCUUUAUGCACUAUACAGAUGAAAAGCCUGCAUUUCGAGAAAUGCCGCAAACGGCAAAAAUUGUUUGAAUCGCCUGCGAGAAAAUACGUCACAAAUGGCAUUCCUACAACUUUACAAGAGUGAAAGAUGACAUUAAAGGAAAAUCAAUCAUUUUAUGUUUGA